AUGCCUGAACUAUCCCUGGCAGGGGCCUCAACUCGAGCCUCAGGAGCACGUUUCCCCCCUGAGGGUCCCAAGAAGAGCCUUAAGUCACCCACAAGCCUGUGGCCACCAGCAGAGCAGAUCACCUUGCAGCCUGGGGGAUCUGCCCAGCAGGCGGUCCUGGAGAAGAUCUGGGAGCUCUCUGGCACAGACAACCAAGACCCUUUCAUGGUGGUCCACCUGGACAUGCUGGUCAGCCGCCAUGAAACCUUCUGCCGGGCAUUGCCCCAGGUCCAGCCCUUCUAUGCCGUGCAAACCAAUAGCAGCCCCUGGGUGCUGCAAGUCCUGGCUGCCCUGGGCUUGGGCUUCGAUUGUGCCAGCCAGCUGGAGCUGGAGCUGGUGUUGGGCCUGGGCGUGGCCCCCUCGCGCAUCAUCUUCGCCAACCCCUGCAAGGCCGCUUCCCACAUCCAGUAUGCAGCCCGCCAUGGGGUGCAGUUGCUGACCUUUGACUGCGAGGGGGAGCUGACCAAGGUGGCCCAGCACCACCCUGGGGCCAGGCUGCUUCUCCGGAUCCAGACUCAGCACAGCCAGAGCACCUUCCCCCUCAGCGGCAAGUUUGGGGCCAGCUUGGAGGAAUGCGGACCCCUGCUCACCUCUGCCAGAGGCCUAGGGCUGGCUGUGGUUGGAGCCACCUUCCAUGUGGGCUCUGACUGCCACUCGCCCCAGAGCUAUGCGCAGGCCAUUGCUGACUGCCGACUGGUGUUUGAGAUGGGUCGCAAGGCUGGCCAUGACAUGGAACUCCUGGAUCUGGGAGGGGGCUUUCCUGGAGCAGAGGGCUCCCAGGCCAGAUUUGAGGAGAUAGCGAGAGUGAUCAGCGCUGCCCUGGCCCAGGCCUUCCCGGAGGAGACUGGUGUGAAAGUCAUGGCAGAGCCGGGCCGCUUCUACGCGGAGCCGAUCUGCACCACGGCCGUGAACAUCAUCACUAAAAAGGUCGUGCACAUGCCUGGAGGCCUCCAGAAGCUGAUCUAUUACCUCAAUGAUGGCCACUAUGGUGUCUUCCGAGUCUUCCUCCGGGAGGCCGUUCCCAAGACACCCAUUGUGGCAAAGGAGUUCCUCUCCGAGCCCCCCCUCUUCCCCUGCACCCUCUACGGCCCCACGUGCGACGCCUUUGACAGGCUCUUCCUGGAAGAUGUGCAGCUGCCCGAGCUGGAUGUAGGUGACUGGCUCAUUUUCCCCUCCACAGGCGCCUACACCAGCUCCAUGAGCUCCACCUUCAAUGGCUUCCAGCCUGCUGCCAUCUGCUAUGCCAUGAGCCCCCAGCUCAGGAGCCUGCUGGAGACAGCACCUUAG